ACCUUGGUGACCACGCUUCCUGCGCCAAUGACCGCCCCCUUGCCGAUCGUCACUCCCGGCAGCACGGUCACGUUCCCGCCUAACCAGCAGUCCUCGCCGAUGUGGAUUGGCUUGCUCAUCUCGGGGCCUUCGAUCCCGUUGCGCACCGCCGGAUCUAAUGGAUGCGUGCCGGUGUAUAGACUGACCUUGGGGCCGAACAGGGUACGCGCCCCGAUCGUCACCAGGUUGGUGUCGAGGAUGACACAGUCGAAGUUGAUGAACGCGCCUUCGCCCACCUUCACGUUGUACCCGUAGUCCAUCC